AGGAGGAGCUGGUGACAACAGGAAGCCCAGGCCUCAGGCCCGACUUCUCUGCCUGUGUCUUCCAGCCGUGGCCCAGAGCCCGCCGUGGAGAGCGGCGGAGCCCCCCGCCCUCCAGGACCCCGGAGCUGAGCCCCAGGGCGCGCGUGGGACAUGCUGGGCCGGUGCCACCCGCUGCUCGCCCUGGUGGGGCUGCUCCGCCUCGGGUCCGUGCUUGCCGAGGAAUGCACCAAGUACAAGGUCAGCACCUGCCGGGACUGCGUGGAGUCGGGGCCUGGCUGCGCCUGGUGCCAGAAGCUGAACUUCACGGGGCCAGGGGACCCCGACUCCAUCCGCUGCGACACGCGGGGUUGCGCGGCCGAUGACAUCAUGGACCCCCAGAGCCUGGCCGAGGCCCUGGAGGACCGGGACGGGCGCCGGAAGCAGCUGUCUCCACAGCAAGUGACGCUUUACCUGCGGCCAGGUCAGGCGGCCGCCUUCAACGUGACCUUCCGGCGGGCCAAGGGCUACCCCAUCGACCUGUACUACCUGAUGGACCUCUCCUACUCCAUGCUCGACGACCUCAUCAACGUCAAGAAGCUGGGCGGCGACCUGCUCCGGGCCCUCAAUGAGAUCACGGAGUCUGGCCGCAUCGGCUUCGGGUCCUUCGUGGACAAGACGGUGCUGCCCUUUGUCAAACCCGAGAAGCUGAGGAACCCGUGCCCCAACAAGCAGAAGGAGUGCCAGGCCCCCUUUGCCUUCAGGCACGUGCUGAAGCUGACCAGCAACGCCGACCAGUUCCAGAGAGAGGUCGGGAAGCAGCUGAUCUCCGGAAACCUGGACGCCCCCGAGGGCGGGCUGGACGCCAUGAUGCAGGUCGCCGCCUGCCCGGAGGAAAUCGGCUGGCGCAACGUCACGCGGCUGCUGGUCUUUGCCACAGACGAUGGCUUCCACUUUGCGGACGAUGGCUUCCACUUUGCGGGUGACGGGAAGCUCGGUGCCAUCCUGACCCCCAACGACGGCCGCUGUCACCUGGAGGACAACAUGUACAAAAGCAGCAACGAAUUUGACUACCCGUCGGUGGGCCAGCUGGCGCACAAACUGGCCGAAAGCAACAUCCAGCCCAUCUUUGCCGUGACCAAGAAGAUGGUGAACACCUACGAGAAACUCACCGAGAUCAUCCCCAAGUCGGCCGUCGGGGAGCUGUCCGACGACUCCGGCAACGUGGUCCAGCUCAUUAAGAACGCCUACAACAAACUCUCCUCCAGGGUCUUCCUGGAGCACAGCACCCUCCCCGACACCCUGAAAGUCACCUACGACUCCUUCUGCAGCAAUGGAGUGACAAUCACGGGCCAACCCAGAGGGGACUGCGACGGCGUGCAGAUCAACGUCCCGAUCACCUUCCAGGUGAAGGUCACGGCCACAGAGUGCGUCCAGGAGCAGUCGUUCGUCAUCCGGCCGCUGGGCUUCACGGACACGGUGACCGUGCGUGUCCUUCCCCAGUGCGAGUGCCAGUGCCGGGACCAGAGCCAGCAACACAGCCUCUGCCAGGGCAAGGGCUCCCUGGAGUGCGGCGUCUGCAGGUGCAACGCUGGCUACAUUGGGAAAAACUGUGAGUGCCAGACGCAGGGCCGGAGCAGCCAGGAGCUGGAAGGAAGCUGCCGGAAGGACAACAGCUCCCUGGUCUGCUCGGGGCUGGGGGACUGCAUCUGCGGGCAGUGCGUGUGCCACACCAGCGACGUCCCCAACAAGCAGAUCUACGGGCGGUACUGCGAGUGUGACAACGUCAACUGCGAACGCUACGACAGCCAAGUCUGCGGCGGCCCGAAGAGGGGCCUCUGCUUCUGUGGCAAGUGCCGCUGCCUGGAGGGCUACGAUGGCUCCUCGUGCCAGUGCCAGAGCACCACCGAGGGCUGCCUGAACCAGCGGAAAGUGGAGUGCAGUGGCCGCGGCCGGUGCCGCUGCAACCAGUGCGAGUGCCUGGAGCACUACCAGCCGCCCCUGUGCCUGGAGUGCCCGACCUGCCCCUCGCCCUGCAGCAAUCACAGCUCCUGUGCCGAGUGCCUGCGGUUCGACAAGGGCCCCUUCGAGAAGAACUGCAGCGCGAAGUGCGGGAACCUGCGGCUGCUGGAAGUCCCCGCCCAGAAUGGCAGGACGUGCAAGGAGCGGGACUCGGAGGGCUGCUGGAUGACCUACACCCUGUGGCAGCAGGACGGGUGGGAACGCUAUGACAUCUACGUGGAUGAGAGCCGAGAGUGUGUGAAGGGCCCCGACAUUGCUGCCAUUGUGGGGGGCACCGUGGCGGGCAUCGUGCUCAUUGGUGUCCUCCUGCUGGUCAUCUGGAAGGCCCUGACCCACCUGAGCGACCUCCGGGAGUACAAGCGCUUCGAGAAGGAGAAGCUGAAGUCCCAGUGGAACAACGAUAACCCGCUUUUCAAGAGCGCCACCACGACAGUCAUGAACCCCAAGUUUGCUGAGAGUUAGGAGGCCUUGGAGAAGAGAAAGGUGCCGGGGCUGGCCAGACGGGACCCCCUCCAACCACGUCACCCCCAUCAUGCGACCGUGACACGGCAGCACCAAUUAACCACAGAUCCACUGUUUUCCUGCCCUCAGCGUGACAGAUGUGGCCAGGUGUCUACGCAGACUCCCCAGAAGGAACAGUGCCCCCCAACCAUGGGCACAGUCUUCUUCCCAGACCCAGGAGAAAGGACAGCUCGAGUCCCGCGGGGCUGGGUCCGCGGGUCCUGUGUAAGUUAGGAGAUCAGUCUGAUUACAGGUAGCGCGAGUUUAUUUAUGUUUAAGUGUAUCAGGACCUAAAACUACAUCCCAUUGAUUACACUGUUAACCAAUCAUGUGCAUACAAAAAAACAAUAAACAAAACA